CGCUUUCUCCUCUUCUUCCUCCUUUUUCUCGUGUCUUCUUCUCCGGCGAGCACUGCGCCGUCGCCGUGGACGGCAUGGACGCCCAGACGACUUGGAGGACGGGGGCGGCGGUCUCGAGGCUGUCUUACAGGAACGCCACCGUUGCCGUGUGCGCCAUCAACGUCCUCGCGGUAGCCCUCCUCCUCCGCAAUCACUUCUCGUCCUGGCCGCGCCUCGCCGGCGGGCACCGGUUCGAUUCAGCUCAGCUUCGUUAUAUAUGGGAGUCUGAAGAGUUGCGUCGUGCCAUGGAGCCUGUGGAUUUGAUUAAGAGAGUGAAGGAAAUUGAGCAAGAAGCUUAUGGCGAGCAUGGCAUGUCGACACAAGAAGAUGCCAAGCAGACGGCUGCUGUUGACUUAUCAAAAAGGCUGAAAGAUUUACGGCAAGGGAAUGAUGGCAGCAGCCCGAAAGCUCUGGAGGAAUGGCGUAAGCGGAAGAUGGAGCGGGCGAGGCAGCGAGCGAUCGAGAAGGACGGGAUAAUGCCUGGAGCAAGAACACAGUGAAAGUGUAUCAAGUGAGCGUUCCAGAACACAAGGGAGGGGGGGACGUGAGGGGGCAUUCUUCUCUUUGUCUGUAAAAUCACCCGCAACUUUGUUGUCUGGGGAUGAAAUGAAGUUUGGUGGUUGCAGGCCCUGCAAAACAAAGUUGCUGUAA